GCUCUGAUUGGCUGCCGCCGGUUUGUUUUGCACCCCUCAGACUUCCUCCUCUGCGUGUUUUUCAUAAACAAACCACAUUUUUCUCCCGCCGGGGCCGCCGCUCUCUGUCCCUCUCAGCCUGCCAGCAUUGUGGGACUGCAGCUCCGCACUUGAACAAAAGGCAGUCGGGGAGCUUUGAGAACCGCUGCUGGUUCAAAGGACAGACGCGGGGAAAAAGCAGUGUUGUCGUUUUUUUUUUUCCUUUUUUUUUUCUGUCCCAACCGACGGCGCGUGGUCCUCUUCUGAGCCCAGACAUUUUCUCUCUUUUGUUUUUCCUGCUCCGUGUGUGUGUUUCCCUUCUGUCAGUCACACCGGUCGGCUGUGUGGACUGCGAGGAUCCCCUUUAUUAUCAGAUAUGGUGAAGCUGACAAAGGCCAAGACGUUCCAGGCCUACCUGGACUCCUGCCACCGCCGUUACAGCUGUGUGCACUGCCGCGCCCAUCUGGCCAACCAUGACGAUCUUAUCUCCAAGUCUUUUCAAGGCAGCCAGGGCCGAGCCUACCUCUUCAACUCUGUGGUCAACGUUGGCUGUGGUCCCGCAGAGGAGAGGCUGCUGCUCACAGGGCUGCACGCAGUGGCCGACAUCUACUGUGAAAACUGUCACACCACACUGGGCUGGAAAUAUGAACAGGCUUUUGAGCUGAGUCAGAAGUACAAGGAGGGGAAGUACAUCAUCGAGCUGUCCCACAUGAUAAAGGACAACGGCUGGGACUGAGGAGGAAGUGUUCGUCUUUUCUUCAUGACUUUUUUUUUGCAAAAGUUGUAUCAUCCACUCAGCUCAAAAGGGUUCCAGUGUAGCUUCCUCAUCCCGCGUUCGAGCCAUCGCUGUGCAAAACGUUCACUUCAUACAGCUUUGCCAAGAAUAGCAUGUGAUGCCUUAUCUUUGUCUGUCCUCCAUGUUUUUCCAGCGGCCACGACAACACAUUUGCCGAUAUCACUAUCCCAAUUGCUAGUUGUGCUGGAAAGUGGACUGAAUGAGUGCAGGGUUUGGUGUGUGGAAGAGUGGGAGUUGUAGUCACUCAUGCACCAGUGGGUGUUGGAUUGUUUGUUUUUUUUGUUUUUUUUCUUUUAAGCUUGUGUAAUAGUGAUCAGACCUUUUAUCUGUGACCACUUUACAGCCUGGCUCGGCGGUGGCCGACCCUGUGCACGUCGAGUAAAUUGAUCUUUCACAUCAGA